GUGGGUGGGUUCAGACUAAGGGGACUGCGGGUCAGCGUUGGGCUCAGUGGACUCGAACGAAGGACUCUCGGGCAGGGACUCAGCGCGGCGCCUCCUGCCGGGUAGCAGGGCGGCCGGUCGCGGCUUCCCGGCCAGCCAGUGCCCUCCCCGCGCGGUCCCAGUCGGCUUCUCCUCGGAUCCCCGCGGCCAGCGCCGCGGUGCGGGCCCCGCGUAGAGGCACCUGCUGCUGAGGGACCCCGCGGCCCGCCCAGGUGCUCGUGAUGGGGCUGAUCUUCACCAAACCGUGGAGCCUCUUCUGUAACCAAGAACACAAAGUAAUCAUAGUGGGACUGGAUAACGCAGGGAAGACCACCAUUCUUUAUCAAUUCUUAAUGAACAAAGUGGUUCAUACAUCUCCAACCACAGGAAGCAAUGUUGAAGAAACAGUCGUGAAGAACACUCAUUUUCUCACGUGGGAUAUUGGUGGUCAGGAGUCCCUGCGGUCAUCGUGGAACACAUAUUACACAAACACCGAGUUCAUCAUUCCUGUGGUCAAUAGCAUUGACGGAGAACAACUAGCUAUUACAAAAGAAGAAUUAUACAGAAUGUUGGCUCAUAAGGUAAAUUAUGAAAGCAAACAUAAAAUAAAUGGAGUAAGGUAUCCAUAUACAGGUUUUGCUUUUUUACAAUGAUUAAUGUCCUCUGCUGUCAGUUAUUUUAUUGUUAACAAUGUUUCAUAUAUUAAAUUGAUGAAAGCUUUCAAGUCAAAAUUUUUAGUGCUUUAUUAAACUUAAUAAAGCCUACCACAUUAAUUUGGAGAUUAAUACCAUUAUUGAAAAUAUUUUUCAAACUACUUAGCCAUACCUUAAAAAUUCUGAUAAAUUGAGGCAAGAAAGAGGAAAAUAUAAGUGUUUUUCCCCCUUGAGCUUAUUAAAGCUGAAAAUUCUUUAGUGAAUAAUUUGGGAUCAUUUUUUGAAAUAGUUCUUAUAUACAAAGGACUUAGAUAAUAAAAUACAUUCAUGUAUCCACCAGUCAACAUAAGAUACUAAAUCUUACACCUCUCCAAUCUGAUUUCCUUCCCUUGUCUUCAGAGAUUUCUAAAAGAAUUCUCCCAUCCAAAAGGUAGUGAUCAUUACUCCUGUGUGUAAUUUUAUACUUUUAUUACUUUUUUUAUAUACCUAUCAGUUCUAUACAAUAUAAUAUUCCAUGUUGAUAAAACAACUUUAUAUGUUGGUAUCCUGUGUGUGUUUGUGUGUGUGUAAUCUUUCUGUACCUUGGUUUAGGGGGUUUUUUGCACAACACUGUGAUUUAUCUAUGUUAGUACAUGCAGCUUUAGUUCAUUCCUUUUAACAACUACAUAGAAUUCCACUGUAUGAAUAUACCACAUUUCAUCUAUUCUUCUAUUAAUGAACGCUUAAGUUAUUUCUAGUAUUUUGGUAGUAUAAACAGUGCUGCAGUAAGCAUUAAUCAGUGAGCUUAGGUUAUACAAAGACUAGUAAUUAUUGCCCAACACCUCCUAGAGUACUCUGCUUUAAACUUUGGAGAAAUAACCAACCCUUAGUUUCAUCUCUUCCAUUGCCAACCCUUAGUUUCAUCUCUUCCAUUGUCUAUUUUGUGUAUUUCUGCUCCGAUCUCAUUAUUUCCUUCCUUUACUGACUUUAGGCUUAAUUUGUUCUUUUUCUAGUUCCUUGAACUAUAACCUUAGAUUGUUUAAGAUUUUUAUUGUUUCUUAAUGGAAGACUUUAUCACUAUUCACUUCCCUGUUAGAAAUUCAUUUGUUGUGUCCCAUAAGCAUGGGUAUGUUAUACCUCCAUUUUCACUUAUCUCUAGAUGCUUCAAAAUGUCUCUUUCAGUUUCUUCAUUGACUGAUUCAUUGUUCAGGAGCAUGUUAUUUAACCUCCACAUAUUUGUAAAUUCUCCUGUUUUCUUCUAGAAAUUGAUUUCUUCUGGUAAUUGAUUUCUAGUUUCAUACCAUUCUGGCUUGCUUGAUAUGAUUUCAGUCUUCUUAAAUUUAUUACGACUUGUUUUGUGAUCUAACAUGUGAUCUAUCCUGCAUUAUGUUCCAUGUGUGCUUGAGGAGAAUGUGUUCUGGAUGGAUAUUCUAUAAACGUCUAAAUUCUAACACACCCCAAAAACCUACACCACCCUAGCAAAUUCCUUCAGCCCUUUGGGUCUGAGUCUCCACUGUGCAAUGGGAAGAGGAAAGGCAUCAAAUGAAUUCCAAAAUCCCUUACUGCUCAUCAAGUAAGAAUUAAGUCUCAAAGUUUCCUUUACCUUAAUUUAAAUUCAACAAACACUUGUAUUCAUCCUAGGCACUGAACAUUUCCCUCCACCACCAGGAAGGUAACUAUGGUUUAGCAAAAUGAGAUCCAAUUCCAUAGUACUUUAAGUUCCACACAGAACAAUUCAUAUGCAAAACUAAAGGACUUAACUUUAAAGAAAACUCUACCGAGACAUCACAAACCUAAUGUGAUAAAUAAAAGUAAUUUAGGGUAUACCUUAAAUUAUUAACUCUCACUUUUUUUUUUUUUUUUUUUU